AGUGGUUAUUUACAAAAAUUAAGACGAUUUAUUCGUGUUAAAAUGUUAAUUAAUUAAACAAAAAGGUUUUUUUCGAUACGUCUUAUCAUUGUAUGAAUCCAGAAAAGUAAUACUAAACAGGUGAGUGGACAAGCGCUUAAAAAACUGUUCCCAAAAUGAGCACAGAAAACGUAACAAUAAAGCAGGAGGUGAUGGAGGACGACGACAUGGAGAUGGAAGAAGAUGUACCGACUUUAGGUCCAGCCGCGUUGGGGUUACAGCGCGUAGGCACCCAGAUGCCCCCCAAACCCACUCCUACACAGCCCCCGCAAGUUCUAAACGCCCGAGGGAUGCCCGCUAGGAUACGAAAGAAGAAUCGUUUGUUCUUCGACGACGAUAUUGUCAAUACGCCCCACCACAGAGUAGCAAAGAAGCAGAAGUCCACCCCGAGCAAACGGCAUACGCCCGUGAAAAUAAAAACCGAAAAAAUUGAAUAUAGAACCAGUCCCAAAAAAACUCCUUCGAGAGAAAAAUACAGGGAACCAUCUCCGCCCCCUUUGAAUUCACCCGAUAGGAAAAUCGGUCAAAAAAUAGGCUUAAGACUGAGGAAUUUAUUGAAGUUACCCAAAGCCCAUAAAUGGGUUUGUUAUGAAUGGUUCUACAGCAACAUCGACAGGUGUUUGUUUGACGGCGAAAACGACUUUACGAUAUGCCUAAAAGAAUCUUUUCCCAAAUUGAAUACCAGAGACCUUACCAGAGUGGAAUGGACCAAAAUACGUCGAAUGAUGGGCAAGCCACGCAGAUGCUCUCAAGCGUUUUUCAAUGAAGAACGACUGGCAUUGGAGAAGAAACGAAAAAAAAUCAGAGCGUUACAGCAAAGGAAAGCUACCGAUAUGACCAGUUUCAAAGAUCUACCUCCUGAAGUUCCAAUGCAAUUGGUGAUCGGUACGAAAGUAACAGCUAGGCUAAGGAAGCCCCAAGACGGGCUUUUUACCGGCAGCAUCGACGCUGUAGACACUUCAAACAACACCUAUCGUAUUACCUUUGAAAGAACUGGUUUGGGUACGCAUUCAGUACCUGAUUACGAAGUUCUAUCUAACGAACCACCAGAAACGAUCUCGAUAACUAGUUUCCAAGCCAAAUUCAAACCCAGAAACAAUUCCUUCUCUCCCGUUCUAAAGAGCCCUAUUAUAGGUACCAUGAAACAUAGGAAGGAUCCGUUGUUAUCGGGUUCAAUGGUGGGAACACCCCCGUACCUUCAAUCCACCGAGGAAGGCAAAAUCGGCGGUUUUCCCGCGAAAUUACUGGAAAGGAUGGUACUGGUGACGAAAAUAUUGCAAAUGAAAAAACUGAAAAUUGAGAUGUUGAAGUCGUUGAACUCUGACGCCGAAAAAUUGAUAUCGUUCGACCAAGCUAUACCGGAGGAUUCCAAAAGGAAGUACGCCAGUGUGCUAAUUGAUUUGGAAAAGUUGAAUUUCGAUCUUCAGAAGUAUUUGGAAGAGAUUCAGGUCUACUGUCAACAGAUAGCGCCUGAACCAAGCGUUAUCGCCAUGCUAACUCCAUCGCACUUGCGCGAAAAAUGCAGAGAAGAAGCCAAAGACAUCGUCGAUAGGCACAAUUCCAUCAUAGCAUCCGAUAAGGAACCAUGUCAAAACCCCUCCAUCUUGGAUUUGAUCACCGAUCUAACAGCACUUCUGCUGCAAGUCAAAAUCAUGCCAGACUCUGACAGUAAAGCUUACAAGGUGCAGGUGCUGAAGGGCACCAUGGAGCAGAUCAAGCAGAAGUUGAGCCAGGGGAAUCAAGAAGUGUUCCAAACUAAUGUAGAAGUGCACAUGAAGCACAUCGAGGUCGGUUUGAAUCAAGUGAACGAGGAUAAAUUGCUGUCCGGUACGAAUAUAUGAUGUUUAUUAAAAGACAUUGAUGACGCAGAAUUGUGUACCUAAUAUUUAAUUUAUUUUGACCAAAUGGUUAUCGUGGACUUUUUUGCAGCGACGUGGUGGGUACGAGUCGAAAUGAGUUUCUUUUAAUAUUUUUUAUUGAAUUGAGUUCGGUUUAAUUUUUUUCUUUCUCUGUAGACAUCGAAGAGUCUGAUGUAUUAAUUUGUAUAGAAAUGUUACUUUAUUUUAUAUUUAUUAUUGAAAUGAUUUCGGUUUAGUUGUUUUUUUCUCUCUGUAGAUAUCGAAGAGUCUGAUGUAUGGAUUUGUAUAUAUAUACUACAUAUAUAUAAAUAUACCUGUGCAAUAAAUAAUGUAUAAUUAUUUUUUGUUUGUUUUUAUUGUCCCUAAAAAGUAAGUAUAAUAGAAUGUAGCUAAUUCAAAUACAACGUUUUUAAGAAUAAGACUGAAACAAUAAGACAUUGGUUAUUUUAAAAUGUAUGUUUAAGUUGUGUUCCUUCUACAAGCACAAGGCACCCAGACAACACACCAAAUCCCAAAGAUAUCCACAGAAUAUCUUUUGUCGAUAUCCAAUAUAUCCACAGGAUAUCUGAAAUAUCCCGUGGAUCUAAUAUGGAUAUCCAAAUGUCCAUCUAUAUCCAGAAUAUAGAAG